CAACGAAUUGUUAAGGACGAAAUUUAAUAGUUCUGCGCUUUUACUGAAAAAUGUCUUUCAUGUAGAAGAGAGAUAUUUGCGGCACUGGUUGAAAAUUUUAUUCAAAGAGAGAGCAACACUAUAAAUCCUUCCUUGACUUUAGUGAACUUGUGCAUUAGGAAAGGUGAGUGCAGUUCAUUUUUAUAGGAAUAGUGCCUUCAACUAUUAAUAUAUACAAUUGAAUGCACCAAAAAUAUUUCACGCGAAUAAAUAUCUUAACUACUAGACCUCUUGUCUGCGUAGCGACUUUGCCUAUGUAAUAAAAAUUCCAACAAAGGGAUCACUUCUCGACAAAUAUGAAUAUCUAAUGUGGGAAGGCUUGCUUUCCUAAGCACACAGAUAUAUUUGCGAGGAAUCCUGGGUAUGAAGGGAUUUAUUUAAGAACAUUUCGUUCAAAACGGUUUUUAACGCUAUAAGAUCGAAGUAUUUGUUGUUUAAGGCUUUGUAUAUAAAAGUAAAAUGAGCAGUGUUUAUCACAAAGCUGCUAAAGAUGGUUUGAUUGAAGUUAUUGAACGUAUCAAUAAACGCGAUGCUAAUAAACGAGAUGAAGACGGGAUGACUCCAGUACAUUGGGCUGCAAGUUGUGGUCGACUGGAUUGUCUUGAAAUUCUUUGUGCUAAAGGAGGUGACCCAAACAAAACAUGCAACGAUGGAUCAACGAGUGUACACAUAGCUGCUGCUUGUGGACAUUAUCACUGUCUUGUGUUUCUGACAAAAUUUGGUGCCAGUAUUUGGUCCUUAGAUAACCAGUAUCACACCCCCCUGGAAGAGGCAGCAUCACGUGGACAACUUGAGUGUGUUCAUUAUUUGGACCACGUGACAGCUGAACAAAUGUUACAUCAUAAAGCAAGUGUAAGUAAACAGAAAAUAGAAGCGGAGAAACUUGCUAGAAAAAGAAUGAAAAAAGUUCAACGUGAACAGAAGAAAAGAGAUAAAGAAUAUGUAAGACGUUUUGAAAUAGACAAUGGUGUCUCAAGGAAGAAAAACAAAAAACAUAUGACGAAGGACUUGGGGAGAAAUGAGCAAAACAAUUAUAUUUAUGGAACAUCUCGUGAUGGAUUUGACACCUUGAAUAGUACACAAAGCCUUCGUAGAUUUUCACAGAUAACUAGACUAAAGCUCGGUAAAGGCACCACUCGUUCAGCACCAGCUGACAAAUCUAACAUAACUAAAGGUUCUGUCAGGCAGACAUUUCUCGCUCCUAGACUAAGAUCUUCCAGCACGUAUGUAGUCAAUAAUUCCAAGUCACAGAGUCUAACCAACCUAGAUAGUGCCAAUGUGAUUUUUAAACCGAAAGCAAUUCGACAUGCAUCAAGUAGUGUUUUUGAGAUUCCAGAAGAACAGUCUGGAAGAUUCUCCUCUGAUAAUUUUGCUAAAAUUCAAACCUACGUAGAUAACGUUGAGAAAUAUGGUAGCAUGUCAAGUUACAACAGCCAUAAUUCAACUUUUCCAAGCUCACAAGACAGUUGUACGUCUAGUUGGUCAAUAAAUUCUGACAUAGAAACUAUUAUUGAUGCAGAAAACCAUGUAGAAAUAAGUGAUUUACAUUUUGCAUCACUGACGACCUUCUUAGCUUCGUUAAAUCUAGAAAAAUUCACUUUAACCAUGAGAAAAGAAGGUAUUGAUAUGAAUUCGUUGGCUCUGUGUACAGACGAUGAUCUUAAGUCUGUUGGGCUACCUUUAGGACCACGUAAGUUAAUUUUAGAAGCAGUUCAAAAAAGAAAGAAAGCAAGCGAUGACCCUGGCCCUUUAGUUGACACGUAUUUGUAAAAAGAAAAAGGUUUUAAAACACAAAGAACGAGACAGAGACGUUACAGAUGAAAAUUCUGCCACAUGACACAAAAUCUGAUCACUCAAGUACAGUUCUUCCUAACUCAAGAAUCUCGACCCUUUCUCUUUGAGUACAACUUUGUUUCAUGAAAUCAUUCAGUUGAUCGCAAUGAUAUUUUGAGAAUUUACAAAUUCAUUCCUUGUAAUAAACUAACAAUUUUAAUUUACAUUUUGGUGCUACAUCUUUUAUUAAACGUUUUGAGGAAGGAAGUAGAAUACUUUUUAUUUAUCCGCUGCCAAUUUAAAAUAAAACAUGUAAACAAGAACAUUCUUUCUUAGUUUAAAUAAUAACAGCAAACGUAUUUAACGAAUUUAAGAAAGAGCAUUUUUGUGUGUUGUGAAACGCUGAACUACACAAACAAUCAACACCAUUUCAAAACACA